UCAUUCACCAGGUGGUUACCACAAGAGAUAGAGAAGCAGCAGCAGCAGACAGCAACAUGCCUCCAGAAGAAAGCCAAAAAGCUACACCUGCAAAAAGGGCCAUCAAAAAGAUCCGAACUGCCAGCCUAGUAAUCAGCUUGGCACGAGGCUGGCAACAGUGGGCAAGUGACCACAACACAAAGCAAGCCCAAGAGCCCCCAGGAUGGAUGCCCAAUGCAGAAGAACCACCAGCCGAGCCACCAAAAGAAAGGCUAUUAUCAAGAUGGCCAGUUUCUACUAAGAGCAACCAAGAAAAGAGUGAGGAAAAAUCCUCAGGGAAGGAGGCAGUGGCUAAAAGGGAUGUAGAAAAAGAUUCAAGUGAAUCUGAUGAAGCUCUCAGAAAGCUUAACAUUAAAAGCAAAGAGGUGACCAAAACCGUUGUAAGUAAAGUCUAUGAAAGAGGAAAUGACAUUAGCCUCCUCAGUGAUAGAUACGAGAAGGAUAAUGGGAACCCAGAGAUCUGCGGGUGCAAGGAGGAGUCAAGUAAUUUUGACAAAAUCCUUGGUGACAAAAUGUCUCCUACAAGGCGGAGGAAGUGCUCAAAUCUGGUGACAGAGCUAACCAAGGGUUGGAAACAGAUGGAACAAGAGGAUAAAGUCCCAGAGUUGGAGCUACAUAAAUGUCGCAGUGACAGCCUGGAUACGGAGGACAGUGGUUAUGGGGGCGAGGUAGAAGGCAGACUCCAGCAAGUAGAAUCUGACUACAUUAUGAGGAUUAAACGACCCAUGCCAUCACUUGCAAGCAGGUUUACAGAAGAACUAAGCAGCAAGGCCCACAGGAAAUACAGUCCCGUUAAUGCUCUGAAGGGCAGAUGGCAGCAAUGGGCAGACCAGCAUGUGAUAACGCAGAAGCUGAAUCCUUUCAGUGAGGAAUUUGACUACCAACUGGCCCAGUCGACACGCCUGCACAAAGGAGAUAAGGGCUAUGGUCGUCCUAAAGAGGGGACUAAAACUGCUGAAAGGGCCAGGAGAGCAGAGAGUCACAUUCACCGGGAGAUAAGAGAUAUGUGCUUUAUCAUUGCAACAAUGGCUCGGGUGAGGCGUGAUGGCAAGAUCCAAGUCACCUUUGGCGAACUCUUUGACAGAUAUGUCCAUAUUUCAGACAAGGUUGUUGGGAUUCUCAUGAGAGCUAGGAAACAUGGGCUGGUGGACUUUGAGGGAGAAAUGCUAUGGCAAGGCAGGGAUGAUCAUGUCAUAAUCACUUUAUUGAAAUAAAUGUACAACCACUCAUUAUGGAAACUUAAAAUACAUCAAAUUUUUCCAUUGCUGCCAGUUACUGCACCAUUAAAUAGUCAACAUUUUGAAUACAGGAAUUUACCAUGCAGUCGGAAAGAUACUUAACAUUAAUUCUAGGGAGUCAGAUGCUUCAUAAUUACUCCUGCGAUACCAAUCAUCCUUUUUCUACCCCCUUUGUAUUGUGCCAU